AUGGGGGACAUGCCCACAGAGCUGCCAGAGGGCGUUUCGAAAGAGGUGCUGACUCCAGCACCUGAUGGAAGCUGGAAGAUGCCCCAAAGAGGGGACGAAGUCACCGUGCACUACGUUGGCACCCUGCAGGCCGACGGCAGCGAGUUUGACUCCUCCCGGUCUCGCGGCACCCCCUUCGUGUUCACCUUGGGAAGGGGUGAGGUCAUCAAGGGCUGGGACUUGGGCGUGGCCACCAUGAAGAAAGGCGAGGUUUCCAAGUUCACCCUGGCCCCAGAGUUCGCAUACGGCGAGAGCGGCUCGCCACCCAAGAUCCCAGAGAAUGCGACCCUGGUCUUCGAGGUGGAACUGAUUAGCUGGAUGUCCAAGUCUGAUCUCUUCGGAGACGAGGGUGUGAUUCUGACUCGAAUCACGGAGGGCACCGGCUGGAGAACCCCCAAAAUCGGCAGCGAGGUGCUCGCUUCAGUGAAAGCGGAGGCGGGCGACAGCAUCCUCGAGGAGCACGCUGAUCUAGAGUAUGUUCUAGGCUCCGACAGCUCAGCCCUGGGCCCCAUUGCGAAGGCCUGCGACAAGGCCCUGCAAAGCAUGAAGGUGGGUGAGGAGGUUCAGCUCAAGUGUUCCAAAGACUACGCGUACGGUGACCGAAGCCCAGAUGGUGCCUCGGUGACCAUCAAGCUGUCGCAAAUCUAUGAGACCAAGGAUGUUUCCUUCCAAUCCAACAGUUCUGUGACGAAGAAGCAGAUCGUCGAGGGCGAGGGCUAUGAGAUGCCCCAGGACGGCGCGCAGGUGACGCUUGAAGUUGAAGCUGCCACCGACGCUUCUGGCCAGAGCUUGCCCGGCUUCCAGGCCAAGACCCUUGAGUUCGCGCUGGGAAACGGGGAUGUUUGCGACGCCCUGGAGUGUGCCGUGUCUUCGAUGAAGAAGGGGGAGAAGGCCAUCAUCACAGCAUCGAAGGCCCAGGCGGCAGAAGCCCAGCUGGGACUCAGCUCUCUUGAAGCUGACACGCUUCGGUUCACAGUGAAUCUGAAGGAUUUCGCAAAGACCAAGGAGACCUGGAGCAUGUCCGAGGAGGAGAAGCUGGAUUUUGGGGCUCAGCGCAAGGAAGUUGGCACCAGUCUCUUCAAGAGUGGCCGCUUUACCCUGGCGCUGCAGCGAUACAAGAAGGUGGCAGACCUCUUCAAUUAUGUCGACAACUUCAAAGAGGAGAACAAAGCCAAGGCGAAGGAGCUCAAGAAGCUCUGCAAGCUGAACCAAGCAGCCUGCUACUUGAAGUUGGAUGAUCACUUCGAGGCGAAGGGCGCCUGUGAUGCCGUCCUCAAGGAAGAUUCUCAGAAUCUAAAGGCUCUCCUCCGUCGUGCGCAAGCCCAGUUCGGCAUGAAGAACUUCUUGGACUGCAUACAGGAUUGCAAGAGGCUGAUAGAGCUGGACCCACAGAACCGUGAUUCCCGCAGCUUGCUCAAGCGUGCGCAGCAAGGCCAAAAGGAGGAAGACCAGAAAUCCAAGAAGCUCUUCGCCACCAUGUGCAAAGCUCUAGGCAAAGGACCCAUUCCUGCACCCGAAAAAGCGAAGAGGGCUCACGAGGAGAACGAAGAUUUCGAUAUGCAGGAUUCUGCCAAGACCGAAGGGGAGAUGGCUGAAGUGCAACCCGCCCCACAGGGAGGAGCAUGA